AUGAAGAUUGAUUUAAGCAAAGCCUAUGACUCCAUAGAUUGGGAUUUCUUGAAGAACUUGUUGAAAGCUUUAAGAUUUCCUGGUCGCUUUAUAAGAUGGAUCAUGAUCUGUUUGAGAGGUUCCUCUUAUUGUCUAAUGUUGAAUGGUCGUCUUCAUGGUAGCUUUCAAGGUGGUAAAGGUCUUCGCCAAGCUAAUACCAACUCUAUUCAGUUUAUUCAGCAGACUUUAGAUGAGUUUUCCUCUACUUCAGGGCUGUUUAUCAAUAAAAAUAAAUCUAGAAUUUAUUUUGGUGGUGUUUCGGUCCCUGAUAAAGUUGUUCUGCUGAACCUUUCCCAGCUGGUUGAAGGGGAGUUUCCUUUUACUUAUCUUGGUCUGCCUUUGAGACCAACAAAAUGGAAGGCAAUGGAUUGUGAUUUAGUCCUUAAGAAAAUCAGACAGAGAUUGUUUUUUUGGGCUAGUAGGAACCUCUCCGAUGCAGGGCGUGUCCAGCUGAUUCAAAUUGUACUGUUGGGUAUUAGGAACUACUGGAUGAGUACUUUCCUCUUACCUCAGAGUAUCCUAAAAGAGAUUGACCACCUUUGUAGAAUUUUUUUAUGGGGAGGAAAAGGAACAAGGAGCAAGUUUCAUCUUACUUCUUGGGAACAAGUUUAUUGCCCAAAAAUUCAUGGUGAUUUAGGUUUCAAGGAGGGGCCUCUGUGGAAUAGAGUGCUGCUUGCUAAAUUCAUUUGGGCUAUCUCCACUAAACAGGACUUGCUUUGGGUUAAGUAG